AUGAAGGCAAUUCUUGUCUGCGCCGGUCUCGUAUCUGGUGUGUUUGGCUCUCCGCUGACCACCAGUCGGCAAACAUCUGCUGUGUCAAACACAACCCUGCUUGACCGGCUCUCGUUCGGUGCCGAAGACGGCCCAGAGAUAGGCAAGGAUACUGCCCAUGCCUUCGACGACCUUUUGUCGCAACUUGAUCAGAUACAGUCGAUCAAGACAGUCGACUCGGCAACCUCUGCAUUAGCUGCCAUUGAGAAUAUUCUGUCAGAAGAUAACCUCAGUCUGGUCGAUAUAGCCACGAAGAUCACGGCAGCCGGUCUCGUCCCACCGGACAUUCUAUCCCUACUGAAUGGAUAUCUCGACAGCUCCAUAAACUCACACAACAACAAAAACCCGGCCUCAAGCACAAAGAUCUAUCCCUCAAAAGCUACCGAGGAUGCGCCUUACUCCGUCCCCGAGGCGAAGCUCCGAGCAGCAAUUCAGAUCCCAGAUGGGUUCUCAUUCGGUCGCAACGGCCGAAUUCCUGUGAUCCUGAUACCGGGAACCGCCGUCCCUGCUGGAACAACCUAUCAAUUCAGUUUCGGCAAGCUAGGCGGCAGCAUUCCCGUGGAUCCAGUGUGGGUGAACAUCCCUCGAACAUCACUCUCCGACGUACAGGUGAACUCCGAAUACGUCGCAUAUGCUAUCAACUACAUUUCCGCCAUCAGCGCAGGAACAAGCCUAGCCAUCAUGUCGUGGUCGCAAGGCGGACUCAACGUCCAAUGGGCACUGAAGUACUGGCCAUCAACUCGGAAAGUCGUGCAAGACUUCAUCGCCAUCAGUCCGGACAUGCACGGCACGGUGGUUGAACCCCUCGUCUGUCCCGCGCUGGCGCCAUUGAUUUGCGUGCCGGCGCUGUGGCAGCAGGGAUGGGACAGCGACUUCGUCCGCACGCUGCGUGCAGACGGAGGCGAUUCCGCCUACGUCCCUACAACGACUGUCUACUCGACCUUCGACGAGAUCGUCCAGCCGAUGUUCGGGCCGAACGCGUCAGCCAUCCUGGGCGACGUGCGUGGCGUCGGCGUCAAGAAUGUGCACCUUCAAACGGAGUGCGCUGGAAAGCCCGCUGGGGGGUUCUAUACCCAUGAGGGUGUCCUGUACAAUCCCCUUGCCUGGGCGGUGGCUAUAGAUGCAAUUACCCAUGACGGGCCCGCCGACCUCGCCCGUGUCGAUAUGGAGAAUGUAUGUCUACAGGUGUUGCCGCAGGAGCUGGGGCUGUCCGAUCUGCUUGGUACUGAGGGCUUGGUGCUGAUUGCGGUUGCUGAAGCGCUGAUUUAUCAGCCGCAUGUCUUGAAGGAGCCUCCGAUCAAGAAGUACGCACUUAUUCAGAGCUGA